AUGUCCAACAAUAACAACAACGAUAACAACAACCUCAUAGAUCUUCCGGGCCCUUCAGAUCCUUUUGCAGAUACCCCACCGCAACAAUCACAGCAACAAUCGCAGCAGCAACAACAGUCAAAUGUUCACGAUGACGACCUGCUUUCCUUAAAUGAUCCACCAUAUCCACAAUCAAAUGCGCGCCAACCAGCGCAUCACGAAAGUAUCCCGCUCACAAACCUACGCCCCAUGGACAGCACCUAUGAAAAUGACAAUACUCAGCGACCAUACGACCCCAUUGAUAACUUUGGGCCCUACUCCUCCACAAACGCAUUUGCAACUCCAUUUGAUGACCCUAUAGAGCAAACACCUUCCAAUGACGUAUUCUUGGAAGGCUCCAACACAAAUAAUAGAAACACAGGAAUUGCUUCUUCUUACAAUAACCUUGACGACCAAGACUACCUUCGUGGUGGAAAUCCCCAGCCUAUUACUUCUCAAGGAUUCACACACUAUGGCAACACCCGUAAAACAGGCAUUUCCGGCAUGUACAAUUCAAUGAAGACGCGCCUUGGUAUUGGCUCCGCAUAUACCGAAAUGGACCUUCCUCUUACAGACCAAGGCAAUACUGCUACUACUCAUCACGACGACAUUGGCAGCGGAGCCCGUGCCAGCAAUAUGAAUGAUGACAAGGAGAACACUGGUGACUUUGAUAUUCGUCGCAUUUGGAACAAGCUCCUCAGACGCAAAGAAGUCGACCCAAAAUCGUUGGGCCCUCGUGUCAUUUACCUCAACAAUACUCAAGCCAACUCUGGUCAUGGAUAUAAAGACAACCACAUCAGUACCACCAAGUACAAUGCAGCUACCUUCUUACCAAAGUUUCUUUUUGAACAGUUUUCAAAGUAUGCCAAUCUUUUUUUCCUUUUCACAUCGUGUAUCCAGCAGGUCCCCAACGUCUCGCCAACAAAUAGAUACACCACAAUUGGUACCCUGGCAAUUGUUCUUCUUGUCUCUGCUAUAAAGGAGUCUGUUGAAGAUAUUAAGCGUGGCAAUGCUGACAAGGAACUGAAUAAUUCAAUUGUCGAGGUUCUUAAUGGAGGAGUCUUUGAAAAGAAACGCUGGAUCAGAGUAGCUGUGGGUGACAUUAUCCGUGUCAAUUCCGAAGAACCCUUCCCUGCAGACUUGGUGCUGCUUUCUUCAUCUGAACCCGAAGGUCUCUGUUAUAUUGAGACGGCUAAUCUUGAUGGUGAAACCAACUUGAAAAUCAAACAAGCUCUUCCAGAUACAUCUGAAAUUGUUUCUCCUGGAGACCUCAGCAGAAUUUCCGGCAAACUUCUUUCCGAACAACCAAACAGCAGUUUAUACACAUACGAAGCUACUCUCAACCUGGACGAUGGCAAUUCUGUUCGUGAAAUCCCUCUUUCUCCCGAUCAAUUACUUCUCCGUGGCGCUACUCUCCGUAACACUCAAUGGAUCCACGGUCUUGUUGUUUUUACCGGCCACGAAACCAAGCUUAUGCGUAAUGCCACUGCUGCUCCUAUUAAGCGCACAGCUGUCGAGCACAUGCUUAAUUUGCAAAUUAUUUUUCUGUUUACCAUUCUCAUUGUCCUUGCCAUCAUUUCCAGUUUGGGCCAAGUCAUUAAGGAUAAGGUUAACUACGACAAUCUCGGAUAUCUUCAUCUAGUUGGUACUAAUGGUGUCAAGACUUUUUUUUCCGAUAUUUUGACUUAUUGGGUUUUAUUUUCUAAUCUGGUGCCUAUCUCUCUUUUCGUCACGGUUGAAAUUGUCAAAUUUUAUCAAGCUUAUCUUAUUAGUUCUGAUUUGGACAUGUACUAUAAGGAAACUGAUACCCCUGCCAUUUGCCGUACCUCUUCUCUUGUUGAGGAGCUUGGCCAGAUUGAGUAUAUUUUUUCGGAUAAAACUGGUACUUUGACUCGAAACAUUAUGGAGUUUAGAAGUUGUACUAUCGCCGGCCACUGCUACGCUGAUGAAAUUCCAGAAGACAAAAAGGCUACUGUUGUUGAUGGCGUUGAGGUUGGAUACAAUGAUUUCGAUGUUCUUCGUCAGCGCAUGGACUCCCACGAAACUCAAGUUUACAUUCGCGAAUUUUUCACUCUUUUGGCUGCUUGCCAUACUGUUAUUCCAGAAGUAAAACCAAACGGUAAAAUCAAGUACCAGGCUGCAUCUCCCGAUGAAGGUGCUCUUGUCGAAGGUGCUGCCAAACUUGGCUACAAGUUUAUUGUCCGUCGUCCGAAAUCAAUCACCAUUGACAUUGAAGGCCAAGAAUACGUAUACCAGUUGCUCAACAUUUUGGAAUUCAACUCUACCCGUAAGCGUAUGUCUGCAAUUUUUCGAUGUCCUGAUGGGAAAAUUAGACUUUACUGCAAGGGUGCCGAUACGGUCAUUAUGGAACGCUUGGCAGCCGAGAGUGAGUUUUUAAAUGAAACCACCACACAUUUAGAAGAUUUUGCUGUUGAAGGUUUGCGUACUCUGUGCCUGGCUACCAGACUUGUUCCUGACGAAGAAUAUGGCCCCUGGUCUCAAGUGUUUGACAAGGCCGCAACCACCCUUACCAACAGAAGUGAGGAACUUGACAAGGCUGCAGAGCUCAUUGAGCGUGAAAUGUACCUUCUCGGUGCAACUGCUAUUGAAGAUAAGCUCCAGGAGGGUGUUCCUGAAACUAUUCAUACUUUGCAAAGUGCUGGCAUUAAGAUUUGGGUUUUGACUGGUGAUAGACAGGAAACUGCCAUCAACAUUGGUAUGAGUUGCAAGCUUUUAAGUGAAGACAUGUCUCUACUCACAAUAAACAAAUCUUCCUUUGAAGAUACUCAGAGUAGUAUCCGUGAAUAUCUUCAACAAAUUGCAACGGGCGGUGCUGAGUCUGAAGUUCUUGCGCUUAUUAUUGAUGGUAAAUCUCUUGAAUAUGCAUUGGAUCCUCGAUUAGAACUAGACUUUUUGGACCUUGCCGUACAGUGUAAAGCUGUGGUAUGCUGCCGUGUGUCGCCUCUUCAAAAGGCACUGGUUGUCAAGCUUGUCAAGCGACACAAGAAGGCCCUUUUGUUGGCCAUUGGUGAUGGUGCCAAUGAUGUUAGUAUGAUUCAAGCUGCCCAUGUCGGUGUUGGUAUCAGUGGUCUCGAGGGUAUGCAAGCAGCACGAAGUGCUGAUGUGUCAAUUGGUCAAUUCCGGUUUCUGCGCAAGCUGUUAUUGGUGCAUGGUUCUUGGAGUUACCACCGUCUGAGUAAGGCUAUUCUCUAUUCUUUCUACAAAAACAUUGCGCUUUAUAUGACCCAAUUUUGGUAUGUUUUUCAAAACGGCUUUUCUGGGCAGUCUAUUUAUGAAUCCUGGACAAUUACCUUCUACAAUGUCUUUUUCACUGUCAUGCCUCCUUUCGUCAUUGGUGUAUUUGAUCAGUAUAUUUCGGCCCGUCUUUUAGAUCGUUAUCCACAGUUGUACAAGUUGGGUCAGAGUGGUGCCUUCUUUAACGUCAAGCACUUUUGGCAGUGGAUUAUCAAUGGCUUUUAUCAUUCACUGCUGCUUUACUUUUGCUCAACAGCCGCAUUUAGAUACGGCAAUGUUUUGCCUGACGGUUUAAUUGCUGACCACUGGACUUGGGGUACUGCUCUUUACACCACAUGUGUUUUGACGGCACUUCUUAAAGCUGCAUUAAUUAUGAAUAUGUGGAACAAGUUUACAAUCAUUGCCAUUCCAGGAUCUUUCCUGCUUUGGUUGGGCUUUUUCCCGGCAUAUGCGACCAUUGCACCAUUGGUCAAUGUGUCGAAGGAGUACCGCGGUGUGCUUUCACAUCUGUACUCUUCAGCAGUCUUUUGGGCAAUGCUGCUUGUGUUACCUGUCAUGUGUCUCAUUCGCGACUUUUCGUGGAAAUACUACCGACGCAUGUAUAGACCCAGUUCAUAUCAUUACGUGCAAGAGAUUCAAAAGUACAAUAUACAGGACUACAGGCCGCGCAUGGAGCAAUUCCAAAAGGCAAUCCGCAAGGUGCGCCAAGUCCAGCGUAUGCGCAAGCAGCGCGGUUUCGCCUUCUCGCAAGCCGACGAGGGCCAGUCAAAGAUUAUCGAAGCUUACGAUACCACAAAGGCCCGUGGCCGUUACGGUGAGAUGAAAUCACUGCAUCCUCAAAACACAAUUCAUCUUCACAAAUAA